AUGCGUGGCCUGGUUCAAUUCAUCGCCGACUUGAGAAAUGCAAGAGCUAGGGAGUUGGAAGAAAAGCGGAUCAACAAGGAGUUGGCAAAUAUUCGGUCCAAGUUCAAAGAUGGCAGUCUUAGCGGCUAUCACAAGAAGAAAUAUGUCUGCAAGCUGCUGUACAUAUAUAUCCUCGGCUGGAACGUCGACUUUGGCCACCUCGAAGCUGUCAACCUCAUCUCUGCAAAUAAAUACUCCGAAAAACAAAUUGGAUAUCUCGCCAUGACCCUAUUCCUACACGAAAAGCACGAACUUCUCCAUCUGGUAGUCAAUAGUAUAAGAAAGGAUCUUCUCGACCACAAUGAGCUGUUUAAUUGCCUGGCUUUACACGCGAUUGCAAAUGUUGGCGGCAGAGAGAUGGGCGAAUCUCUAAGCGGAGAAGUUCACAGAUUGACAUCGAAAGCUUUCGUGAAGAAGAAGGCUGCGUUGACCCUCCUGCGUUUGUACAGAAAGUCCCCAGAAAUCAUCCAGCCCCAGUGGGCCGAGCGGAUAAUAUCUCUCAUGGACGAUGUUGACUUGGGUGUUUCCCUUUCUGUAACUUCUCUUGUCAUGGCUUUGGCGCAGGACAACCUGGACCAAUACAAAGGGGCUUAUGCCAAAGCCGCCGCAAAGUUGAAACGAAUUCUCAUCGAUGGAGACUAUGCCGCAGACUACCUGUACUACAAAGUUCCUUGUCCUUGGAUUCAAGUCAAAUUGCUCAGGCUACUUCAGUACUUCCCUCCAUCAGAGGACAGCCAUGUUCGUGAGAUGAUCCGAGAAUCACUUCAGAAAAUAUUGAACCUUGCGCUUGAAACGAACAAGAAUGUGCAGCAAAACAAUGCCCAGAAUGCUGUGCUGUUCGAGGCUAUCAACCUGAUCAUUCAUCUCGAUACUGAGCAUGCUUUGAUGAAGCAGAUAUCCUCAAGGCUUGGACGGUUCAUCCAAUCAAGAGAGACAAAUGUACGAUACCUUGGGUUGGAAGCGAUGACCCAUCUUGCAGCCCGUGCCGACACAUUGGAGCCUAUCAAGCAGCAUCAGGAUAUAAUCAUAGGCUCCUUGAAAGAUCGCGAUAUCAGUGUUCGGAGAAAAGGCCUGGACGUUCUUUACAGCAUGUGCGAUUCGACAAACGCUGUACCUAUCGUCGGCGAGCUACUACAUUAUCUCCAGAACGCAGAUUUUGCCAUCAGGGAGGAGAUGGUACUUAAGAUUGCCAUCCUCACUGAGAAAUACGCCACGGAUGUCCAGUGGUAUGUAGAUAUAUCACUGCGAUUGAUUGCCAUGGCAGGAGAUCACGUCAGCGAUGAAGUCUGGCAACGUGUUAUCCAGAUCGUGACGAACAAUGAGGAGCUGCAAGUAUAUGCUGCUAAGAAUUCACUCCAAUAUGUCAAACAGGACCACUGUCAUGAAACUUUGGUCAAGAUAGGCGCUUAUAUCCUUGGCGAGUUCGGUCAUUUGAUUGCGGAGGAAAAAGGUUGCAGUCCGAUCGAACAAUUUCUGGCGCUACAAGGCAAGCUUCCAGGUUGCUCGUCUAGCACUCGAGCAAUGAUCCUAUCUUGCUUCGUCAAAUACGUCAACCUCUUCCCUGAGAUCAAGACACAGCUUGUCCAUGUCUUCGACGUCUAUAGUCAUACUCUUGACGCCGAAUUGCAGCAGCGAGCUUGCGAAUUCUUAACAUUGGCCAACAUGCCGACAGAUGAUCUGCUCAGAACGGUCUGCGACGAGAUGCCUCCAUUCCCAGAGCGUCAGUCAGCUCUGUUGUCUCGCCUUCACCAGAAGCAUGCGAAUACUAGUGAUAAGCGCACUUGGGUGGUUGGUGGGAAAGACGCAAAUACCGAUGCGGAACUCGCCAUGGCGAAGAACCAAGGUCUGAGAAGAUCAUUCAGUGUCAACGCCAACGGUCAUGCCAACGGCAAUGGUCAUACAAAUGGCGCGACGAACGGGACAAACGGCCAUGCCAAGUCUGCCAAUGAUCUUGCUGGUAUUGAUAUGCUGAACAUUGGCCCGGCUGAACCGAAGACAGCGAAGGUGCCUAAUCUUGCGAGCGCUGCUCAUUUAUCGCCAGGCUGGGAGAGGGGCUUCAACCGUCUGAUGCUGAGGGCCGACGGCAUCCUCUUCGAGGAUGGACAGCUCCAAGUCGGAGUACGAUCUGAAUAUCGCGGCCAGAUGGCAUGUCUGAUCAUGUAUUUCACCAACAAGACGCCUGCUAUCAUCGGCUCAUUCACAACAACCUUGGAUCUUGACGAGAGCGAGAAGGGCAGUUUGACAUGGGAUGUCAAAAACCUCCCUGACAGCAGCAUUCCUUCUGGCUCACAGUCACAGCAGGUUGUCAUGUUUGAGGCCAAGAAGGUUUUCACAAAGAGCCCGACCAUGAGAAUCAGCUACCUCGCUGGAGCUUUGCAAGCAAUCACUUUGAAAUUGCCUGUCACAAUCCAUAAGUUCAUGGAUCCCGCAGAGCUGACUGCUGAUGACUUUUUCAAGAGAUGGAAGCAGAUUGGCGGAGCGCCCAGGGAGGCGCAGCAGAUUAUUGGUCUUGCAAGCGGCAAGGACUCAGAUCGAGAAAUCACCGAGGGCUUCAUCAGGAAAGUGAUCGAAGGCUUCAGAUGGGGCGUUUUGGAUGGCGUAGACCCCAACCAGAAGAACUUUGUUGGUGCUAGUGUUUUGCAUACCUCCGAAGGUGGCAAGUUUGGCUGCUUGAUGAGAUUGGAGCCCAACUAUGGCACUCAGAUGGUUCGCUUGACUAUACGGGCCACUGAUGACACGGUGCCUCCUGUGCUUCUGAAGCUCCUGGAGGAACGUAUUGCCCAGGGUAUGUCAACAGUUGCCGAGAAAUAUGUGCCUCCCACAGCGAGCGAGAUAUCCGACACAUUCAGAAAUAUCAUGGUGACAGAAUGA